GGAUGUCAAGAGCAGGCCUCAGAGAAGCGGAAGUACCUGGAGGCGGUAAUGAGGUUUUGCACGCACGCUGAGAAUGACUGGUACCGAAUCUACCUGGUCCGGAGACUCGCCAACCAGUACGGGAUGGAGUGUGCCCAGCGGCUUGCCAAUGAGGCUGAGUCUGGUUGGAUAUUUCCCGAGGAAAUUAUUCAACAGCAGAGGGAACAGCCCAGCCAGAUUGAUCGGUACCUGGUGUGCGGCGAGAGCUACCGGGUCCUGCGCGAUGCUGUGGGGAAGGCGAUGCUGGCGUGCAAGACGGAGGGCAUUGCCGCAGCCCAGGAGGCAUGUAACAGCCCCAAACCUGCACAAGCCAUUCACCUGCUCCUGGCCAUUUUCCGAGAGGUCACAGUUCUAUACGGAUGCAGGAACCCAAGUCUCCACCCCAAGCAGGAGCAAUGCGACGCUCUGACCAAGUUCAUCCAGAGCUGUGAAGCCCUGGCCUCAGCAGAUCAGAAGGAGUUUGCAGCUGCCCUGGUGCUGAACAGGAUCCCGUCGCUGGCCCUGAACCCCCCGCGCUUCACCUGCGACGGGACGCUGAUUGAGAUGGCUGUUCACAUGGCUGCCGUCCUGCUGUGUGGGCAGAACCCGAUCCUGGAGCCCCUGAGGAACCUGGCCUUCAAUCCCAGCUCGAUGCAGCGUGCUUUCCUGCCUACGAUGCCUGAAGACCUGACAGAUCAAGCCAUCAAGUGGGAGGGAAUGACGCAGCUGCACUGGUACACAUGCGCGAACGGCCACCCGUGCACUAUUGGAGAGUGCGGUCGACCCAUGCAGGUCAGUCGUUGCAUCGAGUGCAAUGCUGAGAUCGGAGGUUUAAAUCACAAGUCCCUGGAAGGCUUUCAGCCACUUCAGCAAAGGACUGACCGGACUCAAACUGGCCACGUGCUCGGAGACCCCAGAAACAGAGAUGCGCUCGGGGUGUCUGAAAGGGCGCUGUCCCCUGUUGUCUGUCUUGUCAUCCGCUUGCUCAUGCACUCGGCGAUGCUGCUGGGAGCCACAAAAGACCCCCAGUCCCUGAACAGGAUUGUUAAGCCGCCAGUUCCAGACCCAGUGAGUUUCUUCCUGGCGCACAUGCAGAAGGACUUGACCCAGCUGAUCAAAACGCUGGGGAAGAGUGCCGAUGAGACUGUCAACGUGGUGCACGUCAUCCUGGGCAGCCUCUUCAAGGACCCCCACCAGCACCCAAACCAGUGGCCAGUUGGCUUUGACGGGACGCUCUCCACCAAGCAAGCGAGAAACACCUGGGAAGGAAUCAUUGCAAACACUGUUGUUAUUCCUGAGUUAAAGUGUUUGGACCGCACCCUUCAGGAUUUAAACAGGCAAAUCAGCACGGACGAGAGGAUCUGCUCCAGCCCGGUGGUGAAAAUCGUCUACGGCGACCCCACGACUUUCCUGAGUCGGCUGCCCACGGACAGCGCCGUGCACUGCUCGAAGAUGUGGAGCUGCAGGAAGAGGAUCUCGCUGGAGAACCUGGGGCACAUGGUGCAGCAGUGGGACGGCAAGGACGCCGUGCCCCUCCUGUGGAAGUUCCUGCAGAAGGAAGGGGAGCUGCGACUGGUGAAGUUCCUGCCAGAUAUCCUGGCUCUGCAGAGAGGCCUGGUGAAGAGGUUCCAGAACGUCACGGAUGUGAAAUGCUGCACGAUGCAAGACUUCCUGAGAGAGUCCCACUCGGAUGUGAUGAGGAAUCUGCUCCAGAGCCAAGUGACCACGUUCCUGUCGGUGUGGAAUAAGCUCAGGAGAUCCUUGGAGACCAACGGGGAAAUCAAGCUUCCCAAGGACUACUGUGAUGACGACCUGACCCUGGGGAGCCCGUUUGAAAUCCUGCUGCCGCGCAGGCGGGGGCUGGGCCUGUGUGCCACGGCCUUGGUCAGCUACCUCAUCGGCCUGCACAACGACUUUGUCCACAGCGUGGAGAAGCACACGCAGGAGGAGAACAAGUACAUCAUCAGCCCCUCGGAAGUGGCCGACCUGCACGUGAUCAGCUACGAGGUGGAGAGGGACCUGAUCCCUCUAAUCCUGUCCAAUGCCCAGUACAGCGUGGAGAAGGGCGGGGAGACGCUGCAAGAGUUCGACCUGGAGAAGAUCCAGAAGCAGGUGGUCAGCAGGUUCCUGCAGGGCAAGCCCAUCAUCACCCGCACGGGGAUCCCCACCCUGGUGUACAGGCACGACCGGAACUACGAGCACCUGUUUAAUGACAUCAGGAACAAGCUGGGACAGGGCUCCCUGCCCAACGCCACCAUCAGCAUGAUCACCGGGGAACUGCAGUCCUUCAAUGACAUCUGCGAAGCCCUCUCUGUCAUCGAUGUGGUGCUGGGCUUCCUGGCCACAGCCGGCGGGGACGCGGACAUGCUCCUCAUCACCUACGUCCAGGAUGUGCUGCAGAUGGGUGACACGAGCCCCCCUGUGCUUCAGGCGCUGAGCCGGUGCAGCCUGAAACACAGCAUCGCCCUUUGGCAGCUCCUCUCCACCCACAAGUCAGAGCAGCUGCUGCGGCUCAAGCAGGACCCCUUUGCCGACAUCAGUGAUGAAUACAAAGAGGAGCUUGGAGCAGAGGAUGCCAAGCGUCUCAGCGCCUGCCUGGUGCAAGCCGGGCUCGAGGCUUUCCUGCAGGAGCUGCACGAGAUGAUCGUCCUGAAGCUGAAACACGCCCAGGCUGGGAAUGAGUUUAACUCCAAGUGGGGGCUGAAGGAUGCAUUCAUUUCCUACCUGGAAACAAAAGACAGCAUCAUACCUACAGAGCUGGAGGAGCUGUUUCCAGAAGACAUUCUCCUCUCCCAGUGCAUUGCUGCCUGGAGAGCAGCUGCUGCCCUCAAACGGGAUCGGAGAGUAGGUUAAUACAGCAGAGAAAUGGAAGAUCACAGAAGGGCAGCACCGGGUCUCGCCAUAACCUGCUGAGCUAUACUGAUCCCUCCUUGGAAGGUGAAUUCUGGUACCUCCGAUGCUUUUCAAGUCAGUGAGCUGCUGGCAGUUCAGCUGCCUCCACUGUACUUGAUUCAGGACCAAAAUGUGAUGCACAAGCAUCGAGGGUUUGAUGCAUCAGAAGCACAAAGAUUUUGGGGAACCAACCUGUGUACAAUACUGUUUCUUAAGCCUAUAAUGCAGUUGUCUUAUACAUUCUGGUGCAUUUGAAGGGUUAAAAAAAAAAAAGCCAUUCCCCUUCACUGACCUGUCCAGGGAGGUAUCUGCGUGCAUCUCCUGGGCGAUUUGGCAAGCCAUAGUAUAAGCAUGUUCUUUCUGCACAUUUUCUGUAGAUAUAAUGAUGCUUCAUAUUCUCCCUUGCUGUCAGUGUUUUCAUACGCAGCAAGAAAAUGAGCCCGAUCCUAUCACCAAGUCUUCUAAGCUUCGCCAUUGUAGUGAUACCAAAACUGUAAUCUUCAACCCAAAGAGGCACGUCUGCCCCUCUGACAGGAUAGCUUCGGGCCCCCUCGAACACCCUGCAAGGGGUUGCAAGGAGAGCGAGUGAAGCCAAGAGUUUCGGUGAGAGCGCACGUAGACAAGGUGGAACAAUGCAUUUCAGCACUCAACCAGGGAAGCUGCUCUUGUGGCUGCUUUAACACAACGUGAUGUGGCUCUGGUUGUAGUGAUGUAACUACCUCAGCACCAAAACCACUUCCUGCUCCUUUUUUGGAGGCCAUGCAAAUAUGGUGCUGAGUGGCUGCUUUUCGGCAUGUGUGCGCACUGCAGAAACACAUGCACUUGCACAUCAGGGCUCAGCCUUUUUGUCUGUGUCGAGGUAUGUUUACUGUCAUGUCCAUCCUGGGAUCCCCAGCUGAGGACCUGGUCUUCCCCUCAAUCCCUUUUUAACAUUUUCCUGUCUUGUUGGGCUUGGGCAAAUGUCAUCCCACACUUUUGGGGUUUUUUUUUGUUUUUUCCUCUCGCAUGAAGGAUCUGCAGCAGUCGGGGGCCACGGUGAGUUCUUGCUGGUACAGGAGCACAGUUUGUGAUUGUCAGUGGAACCGUGUUUUCCUUUAGAAAACCUCUCAGGCCAAACGUUUUGUAAUUUCAGAGCCAGAAGCUAGGCUUGAGUAAGUUCCAGAUUUUUGGAUCAAAUUGAGUGGGAAGUCGGAUCUUUUGAGAUGUGCUAUAUUCACAAGCCUUUCAAAGUGAGAGUAUUCUAUAAACCACACGCUCACUUACUACAUUUGAGGAUGUUAUGAUCUCCCUUGAUUACUGCACGUCCCCAAGCCUGGAUUUACCGAGCUGGGUUACAUGCAUCUGAAAAGCGCUGUAUUGUGAAUUCUCACUAAGAGAGGUAGUUUGGGUUCCCUUUGCAGAGACGGUCCAAGCUUUGCCCUAACAGUUCACUGCCACUUAUUGAUUUGUUGCAAUAUUGUUAUUUUAACCAGUAUAGGGGGAUUGGAUCCCUAAAGACAAUUGCAAUGGUUUCCCCGUUGCGAGCUGUAUAGGUGCCAGUUAAAACUUGUUGUUUUCUCCGACUGCAGACUUAAUAUUUCAAGUUGCCUUUUUAAAAAGUGUUGAAGACGGGAGCCCGCUCCUAAAUGUCUCAGGUUCUCAGUUUGGACAGACCCCAAACUAAACUUCUAGUAGCAAAUAAUGCACCGGUGACUUUUCCAGUUGCUGUUUUGUUGCUUUUUCUAGGUGCCUUAAAGAGUUUACCGGUAUGGCAUCAUGCCAGAUGCAAUUCUGUUCAACUGAGCUGCUUUUACUUUUUCGAAGGAUUCUUUAUACCAUUUUAUGACAGUUGUUGCUAUUUUUUCUUGUCUGGAAAUCUUAAUAAAAUUGUUCAGAAGAGUUUAUCACUAAUAAACAAGCUUAUCCCCAUUUACUUGCCUUUGCUGCUGAGGAUUUUAUUGCUAGUUUUCUUCUCCUCCCAA